ACAAUUUUAUUCAUUGUCACGUCAAAGUUGACCAAAACGAAACGUAUCCCGUGCAUAAAUUUGAGUGCUAUAUUUUAGCUAAAAAUAGUGCUCAAACCGCAUCUUUUCCUGCUUCAUAAAGGUGUAGAUACCAAAAAUGAUCUUAACUGUCGUGGAUUGGUACGUAAGCUUAUUUAUCUAUAUUUAGAGAGAGUGUGUCAUAGGUCGUCAGCUGAAAACCACGUCAGUUUUGCGAAAUAAAUCAUAACGUUAGAUUGUAGGAAUUGUUCCGAGUCCUAGUUCUGUGUAGACAACGCGCCAGAAUGCAAAUUCCGUACAUGAAGGUGGCGAUUUAUUCGCUUACGUUUUUGACCUACGCAUACACGGGAUAUGGAUCGAAUAUGCUGGCCAGUUUACGCGACGCAAUCAUAGCGGCCGAGGCCGUGUUCGGAGAUGUACUCAAAAACGUGGUUCACGUAGCGAAGAAGUUCAAAGUGGUCCACGAAGUGUUCGAUGCAGCGGUAGACGAGAAUUGCAUUUUCAAAUGUCCGGGAGAUGUAACACCGUCCAAGAACAAGUUCUACAUCCCACAAUCUGAUGGAUGCGGUUCUUUGGGUUUGAAAAUCGACUCCGAAUACCUUCCGGCAGCUGAAAUGGAAACAUGUUGUAAUGCUCACGACAUUUGUUACGACACCUGUCUCAGUGAUAAGGAACUUUGCGAUUUGGACUUCAAACGCUGUCUCUACAAGUAUUGCGACGAAUAUGAGAAGAACGUGGUGGGCGACAUAGUCGUCAAAGGUUGUAAAGCAGCAGCGAAAAUGCUGUUCACAGGAACGUUAACCUUAGGAUGUAAAUCCUAUCUAGAUUCGCAGGCCAGGUCCUGCUAUUGCCCGGUGGGAAAAGCUGAUAAGGCGUAUGAAAAGUCAGACAAGACGUACGACAAAUCGGAUAAGGCGUACGAAAAAUCCGAUAAGUAUUAUGACAAGGGUUAUAAGGAUAAGGGUAAGGACAAAAACAAUGGCAAAUACGGUUGGAAACAGGAUUUGUAAUUUGAGGUUGUGCCAUUGAUCAGUUUACGAUAAUAUGAGAAUGUGUUGACAUAUUCAGUUAGUAACCUGACCAGUAAAAUAAAGUUUUAAUUCUAA